GGCGGACCGAGCAGAGACUCAGGAGGCCAUUAAAGUCCAAGGGGAGGUCGUCCGUAAACUGAAGGCAGAGAAGGCGAGCAAAGAUCAGUGUUAGGGUUGCUCUCACAUGUUCUCCUGUUCUCCCUGCCGGACCUCUUGGACCACCACCACCUCCCUCAUACACACCUGGGUCCCACGCUGUCGCCCGCCGCUGUCCUCGCCUGCCUCCACUAUCGUCUCCCUCCUCUCCGCUCUGGACGUUUCUGGAACAUUGUGCGAAUCUCCUAUCCUGACUGGCGCCAUGAACGAAUGAUGGACAAUGCUCGACCUGUGAUGCUCUUUUGACCUGCUUCCCUGUACGGAAAUCUGGGAAUUGAUCGACCAAUUUUGUUAUAUUUAUUACCGUUUAAUUAACUGUUGCCGGGAUGAAUACACUGGGAUCUUUCACCAUCCAAAAAUUGACUGGAUUGUCGGCUUUUCGAACUGGAAUGUUCCGACUGCUACGCUCCGUCUCUGGGAUCACUGUCGCUCAGAUUGAUGUGGAAGUGGCAAAACUGUUGGAGCUCAAGCUGCGUCUGGGAGGUGAUGAUGUCAAACAUCAAUUUGUGCUCAAGACUCCUAAGGGAACAAGAGACUACAACCCUAAGCAAAUGGCCAUCAGAGAGAAGGUGUUCAACACCAUCGUCAGUUGCUUCAAACGUCACGGUGCUGAAACCAUCGACACGCCUGUCUUUGAACUCAAGGAAACCUUGACGGGGAAGUAUGGAGAAGACUCCAAGCUUAUCUACGACCUCAAGGACCAAGGAGGCGAGCUGCUGUCCCUGAGAUAUGACCUCACCGUGCCCUUCGCUCGUUACCUCGCCAUGAACAAGAUCAGCAACAUCAAGCGCUACCACAUUGCAAAGGUCUAUCGCCGCGACAACCCGGCCAUGACCCGCGGGCGCUACAGGGAGUUCUACCAGUGUGACUUCGACAUAGCGGGCCACUACGACCCCAUGAUCCCCGACGCAGAGUGCCUGCGCAUCGUGAGCGAGAUCCUCGGCGAGCUGGACCUGGGAGACUUCCACAUCAAGGUGAACGACCGACGCAUCCUGGACGGGAUGUUUGCCGUGUGCGGGGUCCCCGACGACAAGUUUCGCACCAUUUGCUCGACGGUGGACAAACUGGACAAGAUGUGUUGGGAGGACGUGAAGAACGAGAUGGUGAAGGAGAAGGGUUUGUCCGAGGAAGCAGCCGACAUGAUUGGGCAGUAUGUGAGCAUGCAGGGGGGCAUGGACCUAGCCGUGCGCCUCCUGGAGGACCCCAAGAUGUCCCAGAGUAAACAGGCCUGCGCCGGGCUCAGCGACAUGAAGCAACUCUUCAGCUACCUGGAGCUCUUCCAGGUCACGGACAAGGUGGUGUUUGACCUGAGCCUGGCCCGGGGGCUCGACUACUACACGGGCGUCAUCUACGAAGCCAUGCUCGGCCCGCCGGGCGCCACGCCGCCGCCGCCGUCACAGGCGGGCGCGCCCAAGGCGGAGGAGAGCCUGAGCGUGGGGAGCGUGGCGGGGGGCGGGCGCUACGACGGCCUGGUGGGCAUGUUCGACCCCAAGGGGCGGGCGGUGCCCUGCGUGGGCGUCAGCAUCGGCGUGGAGAGGAUCUUCUCCAUCCUGGAGCAGAAGGCGGAGGCGGAGAAGGUGCGCACCACCGAGGUCCAGGUCCUGGUGGCUUCGGCACAGAAGAAUCUACUGGAGGAGAGGCUGAGGCUGGUGACGGAGCUGUGGAACGCUGGGAUCAAGGCGGAGUCGAUGUUCAAGAAGAAUCCCAAACUGCUGAGCCAGCUGCAGCAUUGCGAGGAGUCUGGCAUCCCUUUGGUGGCCAUCCUGGGGGAGCAGGAACUGAAGAAUGGCAUGGUCAAACUCCGCACCGUCGCAACAAGAGAGGAGGUUGAUGUCUCUCGAGCGGACCUCAUAGAAGAGAUCAGGAAGAGGACCUCCCCUGUUUAAAGCCCUCUCGGAACUGCCACCCGCUAAUCCAUCACGAGAAGCCCCCGGCCACACAGCAACGCUAUGUUUCCUGUCCUCCACCAGGAGGAAGAAGAGCAUCGACCAAAUGAGCUGAAGGAGCUCAUUCAUAAUCCUCAUUGUAGCCCUUUACAGAAGCCAGAUUCUCAAACAGGUGUGCUUAAAUAAUGAAGCCAUUUCUUUUUAAAGUAAACCAAAGUUUAGUUCAAGAGUCUGAAAAUCUCCUUUCAAACACUGACAAAGCGGGCUUACCAUAUCGCAGUGACGCAAGACUCGCAAGACUGGCUGAUAUUAGUCAUGGAACCUUGUUAACAUGGGCUUAUAACUCUGAUCAAUCAAAAUCAUUUAAGUAUAUAAAAAAAUAAAAAGUGGUCUGUAAAACGUG